ACUUCUCUCCUCCUUUCACAACGUUCAUCACUUGACUGAGCUGUCCAUCCAGACUCUGAAAGAAACUGAAGAAGCAGUAUCCAUGACCAACACGAUGACAUCAACGGUCCUCAUCAGCUUCCUGGCCUGUCUGCUCCUGGUCAAUGUUGAAGGCCAGGUGGGUCAUUCUAAAGCUCGGUGCCAGUGUCUGAAUGGACUGGUGAACCACGUUAAACCUCUUCACAUUGAGAAGCUCGAGGUGUACACCUCCAGCCACUCCUGCAGGAACAUGGAGAUCAUUGUCACUCUGAAGAACGGAAAAGGGAAGAAGUGUCUGAAUCCAGAGGCUCCAUUUGCCAAGAAAACCAUUGAGAAAAUAAUGAACAACCGAAGGAGUGUGCAGUAAACCUGUGAACUAAUGACACCAAUCCCAUUGAGAACUUGAUGGAACAGAGAGCACCAUGAGAGAGAGAGUUAAUCCUGAUGAAUUACCACAGUUGAGUCAAUGCACUGCAGACUGCCUGAAUACGUUUACUCUGUUUAAUGGUACUUAGAAAGUCUGUUUUUAAAUGGACAAAAUUGGUGUAUCUUUCACCAUAUGACUUACUAGUUGAGAGACAUUCAUAACAUCUUCCAAUGGAAACUUAAAUAAAAGUUAAAGUUUUUUUAGGUCAGUUUAAUAUUUUCUUGAAUGUUCAAUUGUUUAUUUAUUGAAAAUAUAAAAAGCCUGUAAAUAAGGUGAAUGCACCAAUUUGUAAGUCGCUCUGGAUAAGAGCGUCUGCUAAAUGACUUAAAUGUAAAUGUACAUGUAAAUGUAGGUAUAUUUUUUUAUUUUGGAAGGUCAAGACUUGAAAUGUUUUACAUUAUGUUUAGUUAUCAAAAUGAUCAACAUCUGUGUAAAUACUGUAUAUUCUAUAUGUGUUGUUUACUUUUUCUAUCAAAAUAAUAAAGAUGCAUUUGACUCUA